UUCGUUCAGUGAGUUGUCCUUGAGUGUCCAUUCGUUGGUUUGUAGGUUUUGGUUUGUAAGCCAUAUCAAUAUUGGUUAUUGAUAUUUUUAGUAUUUUCUUUAUAAUAUCCUAGUUGUCAAUUACCCUAAGUUGAAGGUGUGACCGUUUGUUGGCUGCCGCUGCUGUCAGCGCAGUCAUUCAGCCACCAUGAGUCUGCUGGGCCGACUGGCGGGUGGAGUGCUCGGCGCCGCUCGGCUGCCGCCUCUGCUGCCGCUGCGCUCGCUCUGGACUGCAUUCCGGCCGCUCCCUGUGCCGGCAGCCACUCCCACUGCUGGUCUCCAAUCUCCGGUCCCGGCGCCACUGGCGGCCGGACCCCUGCUCGCCACCAGCACUCCGCAGGUGGUGCCCUCGUGUGGUAUGAAGAUGCGCUACGCCCUACGCAGGCGCUGCAAGCACUGUUACAAGGUGGCACGCGGCCAGCGCUGGUACAUCAUGUGUCCUGUCCACCCGCGGCACAAACAGAUGAGCCUCGUACCGCACCCUAAGACCCAGUGGAUACUCUCGGAUGUUAUGCAGACCCCUCGCCGGCCCUGGUGAUAGUCAGGGGCAGUGGAGGGUCAGGACUUUGGUGUGAAUGCAGUGGUGGCGUUGGACGUUGUUUGUGUGGUGACCUGCCGCUAGGAGUCGGACGAGCGGUGAUCAGUUGAUGUGUACGGAUGGAUGAAUCAGUGUCGCGUCGAAAGACCGGAUGUUAGAUUGAUCCUUGUGGUGACUGCAGUCAUGGAAUGGGACAUCCAAGUCAUGGGAUAGGACUCCGGGUGACAUCCAAUGCCGCUAAUGGCCUGUUGUCAUCUGAGAUGGCCCUGAAGUUUCGUUUUCUGAAGCACACAGUGUGAUGCGGUUUUCUGGAGAAGUCGUCAUCCUGUCUGCGGCAUUGUUUCGUUUUGAGCUCGGGGUGCUGGUGUAAUCACCUCUCAGUGCCUGGCUCUAGGACGUGAAAAGUUAACCCAAUUCAUGCGGUAGUUUCCAUGUAUUUAAAGGUGCAGCUUUGUUCUCCAUCGGUAUUUUCUGAAGCAUAGUAGCCAAAUGUUGAAUAUUUGUAGGCACGAGGAUUGGCAGGCAAAUCACGACACGACAAAUCGACGUGUUCCACGACAAAUCGACAAGUGCCCUGCACCCUCAUAUUUUAUUUUUUGCUUAGAAUUGGUCUAAUGGGUUGUGAUGGGCGGGGAAGCCAGCU